AUGUGCCAAAUCUGGAGUCAGGAGUACUCCGAAUGCCACCACGUCUCGAGGAAUCUAAUCCAUUGCCCUACGUACUACAAGCAACAGAGCGAGGCAAACGGGUUCCUCGGGCGUCUUCUCAACGGCAGUGUUAAGAGAAAGAAAGACUGUGGACGUGUCAUCCCUCACCAUGGAGAUCCGGCACCCUUUUGCCCAACUUGCUCGGUUAAGAAUGACCAGCUAUGGGGUAAUCAGGUCGGUGAUGGGGCCUUGAGGGUCCGUCACCCGCAUAUGAAGGAUGAGUAUCAACAUAGCUCCACAGAGCAUCGUGAAAGAAGCGAGAAUUCGGCCGAAAAGUCCUGUAAAAGAUCAGACAGACAUGGGCAGCAAGGCGUAUGGAUACCAGGGCUAUAUUACGAGCCGGAGAACCUCGCACAGAGAGACCCCUAUAUCCGCACGGCGGGAAAAGCGCGGCCAGUCAGUCCAGUACAAUCACCACCACCACCUAGGCCACCUAGGUCACCCGUUGCCACGCCAAACCCGCCCCAUAGACCCGAGCAGAAACGGGAUAAGCCAGAAACACGUCCGCCAAGUUCGACCAAAACUCGGGAUGAACAUAGAAACCAAGCAUCCGCCAGCAAGCAACCCACCCAAAAUCCCGAAAGGAAGGGGGAUACGCCGGUAAAAAGGAACGAGCAUAGACCCCGCGCACCCACCAAAGAAACCUCCAGCUCUAACACCCCCUCUCGCCGCUCCAACAAGAAACCAGCCGAGCCGGCCCAACCGAAGCGUGACCGCCAGCGCCGCGAAGCAGACGACGACAGGGACAGGGACAAAUAUCCCAAAGGUAGGAGACCCUCUAGGAAACCCACCCCCGCGCGUUCCCCUCGGCGUUCCCCCCCAACACCACCCCCCAAAGACCCAGAGCGCAAAUGGCCGCCGCCCAUCCGGCACCACAUAGACCCGGUACCGAUACCGAUACCGAAGCCGCAGCCGCGGCCGCGGCGCAAACCCGUACCGGUCCACCAUCACCACCCUCCUCACCCCAUCCCGCCGUCGCUCAAGCCGCCCCCCGCGCCGCUGCCCGAGUACCAAGUCUACCUGAACGCGCAGCGCUUCGCCGACGAGCAGCUCCCGCCGGCCGCCCCGGCCAUCGAGAAGAGCACCGAGCCGCCCAUGUUCAUGUUCCGGCCGCCCCCGCAGCGCAGCAAGGGGUACCACAUGAUCACCGGGACGGGACGCAGGGUUGGGCCGCUGCGCUUCUCGGAUGCGUCGUCCGAUGAGAGUUUCGUGUGUCGGGACGCGCGCAUGCUGACGCUGAACGCCGCGGCGGCGGGGGCGGCGGGGGGCGCGUCCUGA